AGAAGAAGGGGACAAAAGGACCACAUGGAGAUCACUCACUGGUCAACAAAUUGCUUGAAAAGAAGAGCUGUGUAGUAACAGAAAAGGAGCUGUAAGGAAUCCAAAUGGCAGGGAGUGGAUGUGGAAGAAUGGUGCUUCUCUUCUUCUCUCUGCCACCUUAAAUUCUGGAGGCAGGGUUGGGAGCAGAGGGUUUCAUGUGGAAGGAGAAGGAGAAGUUUUUGAGUCCUUUAGUAGAUGAUAGCAUGUGUCAUGUGACC